AUGGAAACAAAUAUUCUUUUUGGUGGAGAAGUUAUUGUAUUUGGAGGAGAUUUUAGACAAACUCUUCCUGUGGUUCGAAGUGGAAAGAAGGAAGACUUCAUUCGGCAAAGCAUAUUGAACUCCGAAAUAUGGAAUGAGCUUGAAAAACUCCGAUUAUCAGAGAAUAUGCGUGCGAAAACUGAUCCCUCUUUUUGUGAAUAUUUGAUGCGAAUUGGAAAUGGAACAGAAAAGACAAACGCGGAUGACAAAAUAGAAAUUCCGACAUCUUUCAUUGUUCCUUAUAUUACUGAAAAAGAAUCGUUGGACCUCUUAUUCAACAUAAUAUAUCCCGAUUUGCAUACGUCUUUUCAUGAUUCUUACUUUUUAACCUCUCGUGUUAUUUUGACGACAAAAAAUGACUUUGUUGAUGAAUUGAAUGAUAGACUUAUAACUCUAUUUCCUAAAAAUGCUAAGACAUUUGUUGCCACUGAUGAGACUAUUGAACCAAAUGAUCAACGCCAGUUUGAGAAUUUUCUACAUUCAUUGAACCCUGCUGGUCUGCCUCCUUACAAACUAAUCUUGAAAGAAAAUUAUCCCGUUAUAUUGCUGCGAAAUUUAAAUCCUUGUGAAGGUUUGUGCAAUGGUACACGACUGAUAUGCUGUGAUUUUAAGAGUCGUGUGAUUAGCGCUAAAAUUGCGAGUGGUGAUUUUAAGAAUACACAUGUAUUUAUUCCUAGAAUACCAUUAUUAUCUUCAGAUGAUGAGAAAUUACCUAUCCCAUUUAAAAGAACACAAUUCCCACUACGCCUGUGUUUCGCUAUGACGAUAAAUAAAGCGCAAGGACAAAUAUUAGACUAUGUUGGAAUUUAUUUACGCGAACCAGUGUUCUCUCAUGGCCAAUUAUAUGUUGCUUUAUCCAGAGCAAAGAGUUCAAGCUGUAUAAAAAUAUUAAUACGACCACCUACGGCAGAUAACGAUGAUGACCAGUCUACAUAUAACAUAGUGUAUAAGGAAAUCAUUCAAAAAGCCCUUCUAUAA